AUGCUCCAGUUCCUUUCUCGGAAUGGUGAACACCUUCAUUUUAUUUCCGGCUUCUAUAAAUUAGAAGAAGAGCAGGCAGAGGAAACAGAGCAAGGCUGAGUUUUUGAACAGAUCAGCAGUGCUGUGGAGCAGGGCUGGAGAUUCUGGUGGUGACCUUGGUGGAUGCCUUCAACAGUGGUGUAAGUCCUUGUUUGGAGGAUGUGGUGACACCUCUGUCCUAGCCUGAGAAUUCAACAGCUCUGCUGAGAGAAGUUCCCACAAAAAUGGUCCGAAUUCAGCCAAUCAUGGGCCACGAGAAAGACUUCAUGGAGCACUCCAUCCAAUUUGACAAGCCGGUGUUAAGGAAUAUGUACAUGGACUUAUUGAAGAUGAAGGAGGAAGCAGAGGCGUGCCUCCUCAGGAAAGACAACCUCCCCAGUUAUGCCGAAGAGCGGUUAGCAGAAGAGCGGGCCAAAAGAGAGGAAGCUGAGAGGGAAAAGGAGCUUCUUGAGCAAAAGUGUAAAGAGCUGCAGCAAAAAUUGGACAAUCAAGAAAGAGUCCUCAAGCAACUCCAAGCUGAAAUGGAAGAGAAGAUGAGAAAUGAACUGAGAGAGCGGGAUGAGAAGAUUCAGAAGCUUGAGGCCCAAAUGAAAACCCUGCUGGAAGAGAAGGAAAAUACUAAAAACGACUGCACUUCAAAGAAGAAGAAAAAUAAGGAUAAGGAAAAUCCUUCAAAGCCUUCAUUGUGGUUUCUAAUUUUGGAGGCCAUAAAUCGUUUCUUGAUACUAAUUACCAAGUACCUCUGUUCAGAGUAGUUUCAGGCAUCUGUACACUGUAUUCAGACUUCUUCAUGACACACCUCUGGAUCCUCCCCUUUAUUUUGCUGACUGGUCUCUCCUUGAAGUUUUUGAAUUUGUGAAUCCCCUAAACUGGAAGGGGUGGCCCUCCUUUGUGCCCCCAUUGUCCUUACCACAUGAUUUUGAGAAUUGAAAUUGCCAAUUUCUGUCUGUAUCCCUGAUGACGUGUGCUACCAGGGCCGGAUUUAUCUGCGUCACUGUAAUCUCACUUCUUUAAUCUAUGUUCAGCACCUAAUCUGUAACUAGAAAAUAUCGGUUGAAUGAAUAAAUUAACUUUAUCUCCAA